AUGACAGAAGAGAAAACUAUAGUCGAAGAAACGGGUGAGCCUAGUGCCACUGAAACGGCGGUCGUUGAUAAUACGGACAAGGAAUCGACGGAGCGAGCCGAGGUCACGGAGGUAGAGAAAGCACAUGGCGACCAAGAACCAUCUAAAGAAGAAGGAGAAGCAGAAGAGAAAUCGAAUGACGAACAACCUUCCAAAAGACAACGUGGAAGACCAAAGAAGACCGAAAGCAGCGAACCAGCCGCCAAGAAACCGAAGACGGAAAAGAAAAGAAGACAAGCCCCGGAAAGAGUGAGCAGUCGUGUAGCGAAUCAAAGAGCUGGGAUUAAGCUUCAAACGACAGAAGAACUGCCUAAAAAGAAACGAACACCAUCAAAGAAAGCUACCAAGAGCGCAGUGGAUAGUGGAGCAACGACCACGGAACAAAAUGGUACAUCUGUGGAGGUUUGAUUCCCGUGAGGAAAGCCCUAAACAUUCGCAUCGAUAACCUACAUUUAUAAAGUUUGACACAUGUUGAAAAUUGCAUAAGUUUUCAGCAUUAUUCUGAAGCAUUCACACGGUUUCUUUGUGCGACUUUCACCUGCCAUUUUCAUUGUUUUCAUGAACCCCUCCAGACGGCCGGCCAUGUUGUUUUUAUCAUUCUCAACAUUAAUCCCAUCGUAAUUCAAAGGUUUCAUGCUUGUAGUGGCUCGCGUCGGUUACGGGGGCAGUAAGUUUGAACCUCCUUGUUGCAUUUCAGACUAGAUUAAUUAAAACUACUUUUUAGUUUAAUACGUGUGUUUUCAGACAAGGUUGGCAAAACGCAUAUUUUUAAACAGCCAGUUUUAAGCUUUAUGUAG